CUGGAGCUGCUGCUGCUGCUGCUGCUUUUGCUUUUGGGGCUGAGUUUAAUAAGCGAGCGAGCGAGCGAGCAAGCGAACGCGGGGGGAAAAAGGCAGAGAAUGUCCGCCAUCUACCCUCCGCUCCUGGGCGCGCUCUCAUUCAUAGCAGCCUCUUCAUGAAUUACAGCUGAGGGGGGCGGGGGAGGGGGGUACCACACAACACCCCAGCAAACCUCCGGGCCCCCAGGCAUGGCUAGCUCGUGUGCCGUGCAGGUGAAGCUGGAGCUGGGGCACCGCGCCCAGGUGAGGAAAAAACCCACCGUGGAAGGCUUCACCCACGACUGGAUGGUGUUCGUGCGCGGCCCGGAGCACAGUAACAUACAGCACUUUGUGGAGAAAGUCGUCUUCCACUUGCACGAAAGCUUUCCUAGGCCAAAAAGAGUGUGCAAAGAUCCACCUUACAAAGUAGAAGAAUCUGGGUAUGCUGGUUUCAUUUUGCCAAUUGAGGUUUAUUUUAAAAACAAGGAAGAACCUAAGAAGGUUCGUUUUGAUUAUGACUUAUUCCUGCAUCUUGAAGGCCAUCCACCAGUGAAUCACCUCCGCUGUGAAAAGCUUACCUUCAACAACCCCACAGAGGAGUUCAGAAGAAAGUUGCUGAAGGCAGGAGGGGACCCCAACAGGAGUACCCACCCCAGCAGCAGCAGCAGCAGCAGCAGUUGUAGCAGCAGCAGCAGCAGCAGUAGCAGCAGCAGCAGCAGCAGCAGCAGUAGCAGCAGCAGCAGCAGCAGCAGCAGUAGCAGCAGUAGCAGCAGCAGCAGUUUUUCCAAGCCUCACAAGUUAACGAAGGAGCACAAGGAAAAACCUUCUAAAGACUCCAGAGAACAUAAAAGUGCCUUCAAAGAACCUUCCAGGGAUCACAACAAAUCUUCCAAAGAAUCCUCUAAGAAACCCAAAGAAAAUAAACCACUGAAAGAAGAAAAAAUCGUUCCUAAGAUGGCCUUCAAGGAACCGAAACCCAUGUCGAAAGAGCCAAAACCAGAUAGUAACUUACUCACGAUCACCAGUGGACAGCAAGAGAAGAAGCCUCCUAGUAAAAGACCCCCCGUUUCAGAUUCCGAAGAACUCUCAGCCAAAAAAAGGAAAAAGAGUAGCUCAGAGGCUUUAUUUAAAAGUUUUUCUAACGCGCCACCGCUGAUACUCACUUGUUCUGCUGAUAAAAAACAGAUAAAAGAUAAAUCUCAUGGCAAGAUGGGAAAGGUCAAAAUUGAAAGUGAGACGUCAGAGAAGAAGAAGUCAACUUUACCGCCAUUUGAUGAUAUCGUGGAUCCCAAUGAUUCCGACGUGGAGGAGAAUAUGUCCUCUAAAUCUGAUUCUGAACAACCCAGUCCUGCCAGCUCCAGCUCCAGCUCCAGCUCCACACCGUCCCAGACCAGGCAACAAGGUCCUUUAAGGUCUAUAAUGAAAGAUCUGCAUUCCGAUGACAAUGAGGAGGAAUCAGAUGAGGCAGAGGAUAAUGACAAUGACUCCGAAAUGGAGAGACCUGUAAAUAGAGGAGGCAGCCGAAGUCGCAGAGUUAGCUUAAGUGAUGGCAGCGAUAGUGAAAGCAGUUCUGCUUCCUCACCCCUACAUCACGAACCGCCACCACCCUUAUUAAAAACCAACAACAACCAGUUACAGUUCAACUGCAAUUUCUCUGUGACUGCAGGCCCAACCUCAUCAUCCAUUACAGACUGGCCAUUCAAGGAGAUUCUUGAAGUGAAAAGUCCAAUAAAGCAAAGCAAAUCAGAUAAGCAAAUAAAGAAUGGUGAAUGUGACAAGGCAUACCUAGAUGAACUGGUAGAGCUUCACAGAAGGUUGAUGACACUGAGGGAAAGACACAUUCUGCAGCAGAUUGUGAACCUUAUAGAAGAAACUGGACACUUUCAUAUCACAAACACAACAUUUGAUUUUGACCUUUGCUCGCUGGACAAAACCACAGUCCGUAAACUACAGAGUUACCUGGAAACAUCUGGAACAUCCUGAGGCUACAACAACUGGAUGCAUCAAAAACUCUGGUUUUUUUUGGUUUUUUUUUUUGGUUGUGAUUUUUUUUCUCAUUUGUUUAUAUGGAAACACUCAGAAUGAUGCAACCAAAAGGGAAAAAAUAAAAAGCAAACAACCUUCA